AUGAUUACGUCACGAUCCAUCGUCGUUGCACUUGCUUUCUCCCUUCCAGUCUCAUCUCUUAACUGCACACAAAGGCGAUACAAAAGGCAAGAGCAGGAUCUGAAUAUUCACUUAUGUCAGGAUCAGCAACCUGCUAGAGGCUACUAUGGCGGCUAUGGUGGCGGCUACGGCAGUAUGAUGUGGUGGUGGCCUAUGAUGAUGAUGUGGCCUUUACUAUUUAGUAGGAAUUAUGGUGGCUACGGUGGUUAUGGUUAUGGAACCCAAACUUUUGCUCAACCUGUUGCUGCUCAAACUAUUGCUGCUCAAGCUGCCCUCACUCCAACUCAGCAAUGCGUAGGACCUUGUGUGAAUGGACAAUGCCCGGCAGGUUACACAUGCAACGCAAACAAUCAGUGUUGCACGACUGCGGCUAUCGGAAAGUGA